AUGGCUGUGAGAACAACAUGGCUGCAGAAGAGCUCAAUAGUGUUACAGCUCAAUUAUGAGAGCACGUCUGUGGAACUGCACAGCUGUGAGGCAGCCCUGCGGGAGGAGGCCUUGGGGCAAGGCGGCCCUGCUCUGCUCCAGUCUGCUCCACCUGCUCUGCUUGGCUCUGCUCCUGAGAGACUUCUUUGGUGUUUCAGCUCCAGCCAGGAAAUGCAGUCUUCUGUCUUCAAUAGACAGGGAAAAUUUCCUGCAAAUUCUCCACUUAAAGCUCUUCCACGAAGGCAUCCAGAAUUAAGAAAAAACAGCAUUGAUAAUUUUUCCAAAGAUAAAGACAGUAUUUUUAAAUUACGAAACUUAUCUCACAGAACUCCUAAAAAGCAUGGAUUACUAUUCUUUCAGGAAAAUACAGAACACAUGAACUGUGAAAUAAACAAUGAAGAUCAAGAAAACUCAAUUGAUAAUAGAGAAAUAAGCCAGAAAGACGUUGAAGAAGUUUGGAGAUAUAGUAUUCUGAUCUACCUGCAAACGAUUUUAGGUGUGUCAUCCCUAGAAGAAGUCAUAGAUCCAAACCAAGUAAUUCCUCAAUAUAUAAUGUACAGCAUGACAAAUACAAGCAAACAUGGAGUAGUGAUACUACAAGACAAAUCAGAUGACCUUCCUCAUUGGGUGUUAUCUGCCAUGAAGUGCCUAGCAAAUUGGCCAAGAAGUAAUGAUAUGAAUAAUCCAACUUAUAUUGGAUUUGAACGAGAUGUAUUCAGAACAAUUGCAGAUUAUUUUCUAGAGCUCCCUGAACCUUUACUUACCUUUGAAUAUUAUGAAUUAUUUGUGAACAUUUUGGUUGUCUGUGGCUACAUCACAGUUUCAGAUAGACCCAGUGGGAUACAUAAAAUCCAAGAUGAUCCACAGUCUUCACAAAGCCUUCACUUAAACAGUUUGGAUUCCUUCAAAUCAACUGAGUGUCUUCUUCUCAGUCUGCUUCAUAAAGACAAAGAAGAAUCAAAAACUACUGAGAGACUGCAGAUAAGGAAUCAUGGAUUUCCAGGAAAACGUGCUAAGAAAAUGCAGCUAGCUAACUUAAACAGAAGAGCCAGCGCUAAUGACAUAGUAGGAGGAAGCUGUCAUAAUUUAACAGGCUUAAGUAGUGUGCAUGUUCUAGCCUCGAACAUCAAACCAAGGUGCUAUUCUUUAGAAGGCAUUGUAGAUUUACCAGGGAGUUCAAGUGAAGAGGUCUCCAGAGGCUGCCAUCAAUCUGUUGUGAACAUAGAAGGACAAAAUAAUAAACGCAUUUUAGAGUCUAAGACCAAACAGGAAUCCAUAAUGAACCUUCAUUCCGAGGAAAGUAUUCAAAGGCCACUCUGUGUUGGUUUUAAGAGAACCUCUACUUGGACUGUUCAAGACCAAGAGGAGUUAUAUAAUGGGAAAAGCAAGUCAAAACAGCUUUGUAGAUCUCAGAGUUUACUUUUAAGAAGUAGUACACGGAGGAAUAGUCAUAUCAAUAUGCCAGUGGCUGAAAUUAUCAUGAAACCGAAUCUUGGACAAGGCAGCACAAAUGUGCAAACAGCUAUGGAAGGUGGACUCGGAGAGUCCAGUACCACAAUCAAUAAAAGACUCUGCAGAAGUACAAUAGAACUUUCAGAAAAUUCUUUACCUUCAGCUUCUUCUAUGUUGACUGGCACACAAAGUCUGCUGCAACCUCAUUUAGAGAGGGUUGCCAUCGAUGCGCUACAGUUAUGCUGUUUGUUACUUCCCCCACCAAAUCGUAGAAAGCUUCAGCUGUUAAUGCGCAUGAUUUCUCGAAUGAGUCAAAAUGUUGAUAUGCCCCAACUGCAUGAUACAAUGGGUACAAGAUCAUUGAUGAUACACACUUUCUCUCGGUGUAUUCUGUGCUGUGCCGAAGAAGUGGGACUUGAUGAGAUACUCGCGGCAAGAUUCGUUUCUUUCUUAAUGGAUCAUCAUCAGGAAAUCCUUCAAGUACCCUCCUACUUACAGACUGCAGUGGAGAAACACCUUGACUACUUAAAAAAGGGCCGUAUUAAAAAUCCCGGAGACGGACUAAUCGCCCCUUUGCCAACGUAUUCAUACUGUAAGCAGAUUAGUGCUCAGGAGUUCGAUGAACAGAAAGUUUCUACCUCUCAAGCUGCAAUUGCAGAACUUUUAGAGAAUAUUAUUAAAAACAAGAAUUUAUCUCUAAAGGAGAAAAGGAAAAAACUAAAACAGUUUCAGAAGGAAUAUCCAUUGAUAUAUCAGAAAAGAUUUCCGACCACGGAGAGUGAAGCAGCACUUUUUGGUAACAAACCUACACUCAAGCAACCAAUGCUAAUUUUAAGAAAACCAAAGUUUCAUAGUAUCAGAUAGUAACUGAAUUAAAAAUUAUGGAAUACUGUAGAACUUUAGUAAAUGAAGCCAUAUCUAAGAAUCCUGCUACUAAAAAAAGAAGUCUAUUUAUUAAUUAGGUUUUUCUAAAUGAAACACAUAAAAGGGUGUGCCAAGAUAGUUUUUAUCAAUUUAAGACUGCUAAGAAACUAGUGCAUCCCAACUGAGAGAAAAUAACAAUAGGUGAUACCAGAUAUUUUAACCAGAACAAUCUUUUGUUUUUUAUACAACUAUCAUGGAAAUGCUAUUAUGAUGUGUGCUAAAAUUGUAUUUACUUGAAUUUUGAAAAUAUGUGUGCAUCAAGAAUAAGCUGUAAUUCUGUUUGUAAAAGGAAACUUAUUGGCAUAUGUGCUUAUGGAUAUUAGUUCAAAGAACUAGUUGUUUAGAGUUAUUUUUGUUUCUAAGUGUAAGAAUGUGAAGAUUUUGAAAACAACUCAACUAUUAAAUGUUGCACUCAUAUACUUUUCUACUUUUGAUCUAUUUAUGUAUGUAGGUGUUUUUUAAAUACACACACACACACACACACACUUUGAUUUACCUUAAACAUCCUAACUGCUUCAGUCAUUAAUUUUUUUUCAAUAAAUAUCUUUUGCAUUCUUAUGUUCAUGAAUCCAGAAGAUAGAGAUAUACAGAAGUAUAAGGCAAUCAUGUAUUCAUUCAAAAGAUAUUUAUUUAGCAACUACUAUGAGCCUUUUCACUAUUUCAGAUAUGGAGAGACAAUGAUGAAUAAAACAAAACCUCUUCCCUUAAAGUAUUUUUUUUUCUAAUCAAAGGAGAUACACCUAACCAAUAAUUAAAAUAAUAAUACAACCCUCUGAAAUCAAGUCAUGGGGAUUCCUUCAGUUGAAGACUGACCUCUUUGAUUAUGGAACAAUUCUCUAAGUAUUUUUCAAGCUGGUGCAUAUUAGAAUCACCUGGAGAGUUUUAAAAUAGUAUAUGCUGAAGCCCUACGUUAUACCAAUUAAAUCCAAAUUUUGGGGGAUGUUAUAAAGGCAUCUGUGUUUCUCAAACUUUCUAGGUGAUUGUGAUAUUCAGCCAACUUUGAGAAUCAGUGCCUGAAACAUUUUUUAUAACAAAAUGUAAAGCUGGUGGCACUGUUUUUUUUUUGGGGGGGGGGGAAUAAACUGCCAGUAUAAAUGCCUCUUAAUACAAGAGUCUCCUAAUUGAGGUAUGAUUGACUUAACACAAACUUGAAACAGGUUUUCUUCCAUAUUUUACUCUGAUUGUUUAAUAUCCAUUCCUUCAGUGUAAUGAUAUACAUAAUGCAUGGGAUGUGAUAGACACUGUUCAAUGACUGUUCUGAUUUCUCAGUGUUGUACUAUAAAAUGACUGUUCCAUUUGAAAUGAUUAUUUUUAUUAAAAAUUUGGACAGAAUGAAAGCUAUCUUUUGCCCAGAAACCUUAGCUAUAAAAUUAUUCGACUAAAUUAGAAUUCUCUCCACCGUUUUUAUGUGUUACAAUGUUUUUUGUUUAAAAGUGUAUAAUGUGAACCAUGUUGCAUAUUGAGAUAAAAAUUAU